AGUGUGCGUGUGAGAGAGAGAAAGAGGAGAGUGUGUUGAUGUGUACUCUGACCCUCUAAGACCAGUAAGAUUGCUUAAUACUGGCUCUGAGUCAGUCAGUCUUCCUGCAGAAGAGCGAGGACAACAGUUUGUUUUCAGGUUCUCCUCUUUAGAAAUCUAAAAAAUAAGAAAAGACAGCGUCAGUAUGGAGCUGGGUGAAUGCACCAGAAACCCGGGCUAUCAGGAUGCAGAGGACGGUGGCUCAGUGGCGGACACCGUCAACGCCGACCUCGGGGAGAAGCGCGACUCCACCGCGGUGAAGCUGGACUCGGACGCGGCUGAGGAGUACACACAGCUCAAGCCCUACGCCGGGAUGCCCAAGGAGGUGCUGCUGCUUUACUCCUCUCAGGCCCGGUACAGGGUGCCCCGGGAGAUCCUGUUCUGGCUGAUGGUGGCCUGCACCCUGGCGCUGGUGGCGCUCACUAUCACGGUGAUCGCGCUGUCGCCGCGGUGCCUCAAUUGGUGGCAGGCCUCCCCGGUGUACCAGGUCUACCCCCGCUCCUUCAGAGACUCUGACGGAGAUGGGGUCGGAGACCUCAAAGGAAUUCAGCAGCAGCUGGAUCACUUCCAGUACCUGAACAUCAAGUCGGUAUGGAUCAGUCCUUUCUACCGCUCUCCAAUGAAAGACUUCGGCUAUGACGUGGAAGAUUUCCGCGCCAUCGACCCCCUCUUUGGAACCAUGCAAGACUUUGAAGAGCUUCUGGCUGAAAUGCGCAGACAAGGUUUGAAGCUGAUCAUGGAUUUCAUUCCCAAUCACACCAGCGACCGACACCGUUGGUUCAACUUGAGCCGGAAUGGAGAUCCUAACUACAAGGAUUACUACGUCUGGACCGACUGCAAUGCAACCGCACCCAAGCCUAAUAACUGGGUGAGUGUGUUUGGGAACUCGUCAUGGACUUAUGAUGAAGUCAGGGGACAAUGCUACCUGCACCAGUUCCUCAAGGAGCAACCAGACCUGAACGUCAGAAACCCACAUGUCCGCAAAGAGAUAACUGAUAUUAUUCAUUUCUGGCUGGCGAAGGGAGUGGACGGGUUCCGGAUGGACGCAGUGAAGCACCUCCUGGAGGCUACACACUUGAGGGAUGAACCACAGGUGGACCCAAAGAAAGCACCAGAGUCUGUAACCUCAGAGUGGGACCUCCAUCAUGACUACACCACCAGUCAGCUGGGCCUGCAUGACCUGCUGAGGGAGUGGAGGGCUGAGAUGGACAUCUACAGCAGAGAGCCUGGAAGAUAUAGGUUCAUGGUGACGGAGUCAUAUGACUAUCAUGAGGUGGAAAAGACCAUGAUGUACUAUGGCACCCCGCAGGUUAAAGAGAGUGAUUUCCCCUUUAACUUUUACUUGCUGGACCUGCCUCAGAACACUAGUGGCUUGUGGGUGCAACACCUGGUCCAUCUGUGGAUGGCCAACAUGCCCAAGGGACAAUGGCCCAACUGGGUGGUUGGAAACCAUGACAAGCCUCGAAUUGCCUCGAGUGCUGGUCAGACUUACAUUCGUGUCAUCAACAUGCUGCUGCUGACACUGCCAGGCACGCCCACCACCUACUACGGCGAGGAGAUCGGCAUGGAGAACAUUAAUGUCACAGACAGUCAGAUACAGGACCCAGCUGGCAAAUACAAUGCAAGUGCCAGUCGGGACCCUCAGCGCUCUCCAAUGCAGUGGACUGGUGACAUGAAUGCAGGCUUUAACAACAAAAGCAACAGCACAUGGUUGCCUGUACACCCCGACUACAGAAGCAUCAAUGUUGAGGCCCAGAAGAAAGAUGAAACAUCUGUCCUGGCUCAGUACCGUUUCCUGAACACCCUGCGUCAGUCAGAGGUCACCUUUCAGCGUGGGUGGUUCUGCUACGUCCACACUGAUGCCAGUGUUUUCUCUUACCUCAGAGAGCUGGAUGGGCUCGACCGAGCUUUCCUCAUGGUGCUUAACUUUGGUAAAGAAUCUGCCAUCACAGAUCUCUCCUAUAUUCAGGAGUUACCAGACCAGUUGAAAGUGCUGAUGAGUACAAACCAAGUAAACGAUGGCAAGGUAUUUCAAAAGUCUGGUAUCCUGACAGAGGCAGGAGAAGGUUUGGUGAUUCAGUACUCCUCCCACACUCAGUUUAACCCCAACCACCCUGAGCAGUGCUACGUCUCUGAGAAAGCCUGCUAUCUGAAUGUCAUGGACAUACUUUAUAAAUGCUAAUAUAAAUAACAGCUUCACAGCAGCAAUCGAAUCAUCAAGAUUCUUCUUUGGUGUCUCCGCUGUAAGGGAUUCAUGUCAUAUAAUAAAGAGAACCAUUGCAGAUACAUUCACUGUUGAUGUCUUUUCUUCCACUGGGAUUUUUAAGGA